UUCUGGGGCUGGGAACUAGGGGAAGCCACAACAAGUUCAGCUGAAGACUGAAGGAUCAGGUUCCAGUUGCAGCUGCCCAGCCUGAGGGGACAGUCUGGGCCUUGGAUGAAGGGGUGGCAGCCACAGCAGCCUCAAGGACCUCAGCAACGAUGGCCUCCUGCCCGGAUUCGGACAACAGCUGGGUGCUUGCCGGCUCAGAGAGCCUGCCUGUGGAGACCCUGGGCCCAGAACCCACGAUGGACCCCAAACCUCAGAGAGCUCCUCAGGGCCCUGGGAGCCCUGCCAAAGCAGAUGAAGAAUUAGCUGGGACCUUGGAUGGAGAAGAGACCCUCUUCCAGAGUGAAACCUCCCAGUCUGGUCCCAUUCUGCCAGAGGAGACUGAGGCCAAGGGUGUCCUGGAAGGUGAUGGUCCUGGACUGGAGCUCCCUGACUCAGGAGACAUCGUGGCCCAGGGAGACUUGGAGGAGGCCCCUGUGGUGGCAGACCUGGGACCAGACACACAGGACCUGGAGGAUCAGAGCCCCCAGCAGAGCCUGCCCUCAUCCACCAAAGCAGCUUGGAUCAGGGAGGCUGCCCGCUGCACCAGCAGUGAGGAUGACACCGACGUGGAUGUGGAGGGUCUGCGGAGACGGCGGGGCCGGGAGCCCAGCACUCCUCGGCCUACGGUGCCCCUGGGCGCAGAGGACCAGGCCGGAGGCGAGGCUGUAAGCGGGGAGCUGGGCAUUUCCCUCAACAUGUGCCUCCUCGGGGCCCUGGUUCUGCUGGGCCUGGGGAUCCUCCUCUUCUCUGGUGGCCUCUCAGAGUCUGAGAGCGAGCCCAUGGAGGAAGUGGAACUGCAGGUCUUUCCAGAUGCCACCCUGGACAAUGAGAUGGCGGAUGCUGUGGGGGAUGGGCAGGAUGGCCUAAGGCAGCAGCUGCAGGCCUCAGCGGCCCCUGACAGUGUCCCCAGCCUGCAGAGCAUGGCUCUUCUGCUGGACAAGCUGGCCAAGGAGAACCAGGACAUCCGGCUGCUGCAGGCCCAGCUGCAGGCCCAGAAGGAAGAGCUUCAGAGCCUGAUGCACCAGCCCAAAGGUCUAGAAGAGGAGAAUGCCCAGCUCCGAGGGGCCCUGCAGCACGGCCAGGCCUCCCAGAGGGCCCUAGAGUUAGAGCUGCAGCAGCUGCGGGCCCGUCUCCAGGGGCUGGAGGCUGACUGUAUCCGGGGAACAGAUGGGGUGUGCCUCGGCUGGGGCAGAGGCCCACAGGACGGCAAGGUCUCUAAGGAGCAAGGUCCUCAGGGGCAGGAGCCCGGCACUGGCUUCCUAAAGCAGAGGGAACAGCUAGAGGCUGAGGCCCAAGCACUAAGGCAAGAGUUGGAGAGGCAGCAGCGGUUGCUGGGGUCUGUGCAGCGGGACCUGGAGCAGAGCUUGAGGAAUGCAGGCCAAGGUGACCCAGCUCACGCUGGCCUUGCUGAGCUGGGCCACAGGCUGGCUCAGAAGCUGCAGGGCCGGGGGAACUGGGGCCAGCACCCUGGGGGGCCUGCCAAUGCCUCAGAAGCCUUGAGUCAGGAGCCCCACUUCCAGAGCUCUAGAGAGUGGAGUGGAAAGGAAAAGUGGCAGGAUAGGCAUGGGGACCGGAAGGCUGAGCACUGGAAGCAUAAAAAGGAGAAAGCUGGCUGGGAAAGGAAGAAGAGCUGGGGGGAUCAGGAGGACAGGGAGCUGGCAGGGAAGUGGAAGGAGGGCAAGCCGAGGGUGGAGGAGAGGGGCAAGAAGGAUGGUAAGCGACAGGGCCCCAAGGAGCCCCCCAGGAAGAGAGGAAGCCCCCACUCCUCUGGGGAAAGGCACAAACACCCUCAGUGGAAGGAAGGGGCUAAAGACAGACACGACCCCCUGCCGUUCUGGGCAGAGCUAUCAAGGCACAAGUACCGGGCACCCCAGGGCUGCUCGAGCGUGCACGAGUGUGCCCGACAGGAGGGCCUGGCCUUCUUUGGCAAGGAGCUGGCCCCAGUGCAGCAACAGGAGCUGGCCUCUCUGCUGAGGACAUACCUGGCACGGCUGCCCUGGGCUGGGCAGCUGACCACGGAGCUACCCCUCUCACCUGCUUACUUUGGUGAGGAUGGCAUUUUCCGCCAUGACCGCCUCCGCUUUCGGGAUUUUGUGGAUGCCUUGGAGGACAGCCUGGAGGAGGUGGCGGUGAGACAGACAGGUGAUGACGACGAGGUGGAUGACUUUGAGGACUUCAUCUUCAGCCACUUCUUUGGAGACAAAGCACUGAGGAAGAGGUCCGGGAAGAAAGACAGACACUUUGGGAGCCCCCGAGUGGUGGGGCCGAGGGAGGAGCACAGUCCCCACCGCCGAGGCUGAGGCCUGCUGUUACCUUACUCCUGGGGACUGCUGAACGGCCGUCUCUCCUGGUUGGUGUCCCAGGAUGUCCUUCACAGAGGAGAGCGAAAUCCCUCAGCCCUGUGCUGAUGCCACUUGCACUAGAAAAAGGCCUUAGUGGGGCCUGCCUUGCUGUCUGUGCACACGUAUGGGAAUGGUCGGGCCUGGACUGGGACCCUUGGCAGUCUGUCUGACUGUGUCACGCCAAAUGUGAAAGGGUUGGGAGAAAAGCCUGGUUUUGGGGGUGGGGUGGCGGUGGGGGAUGGUAUUCUGAUUCUGAAGCCAAAGCGCUUUUUUCCUCUUGUAUGUGUUCUGCUUCAAAGUGGGCCCUGGGUGCCACAGCCUGACCCGUGCCCCUGGGGUUUGAGAGUUGCUGGCUAGAGGCCCAGCAUCCGGACUUUCCCUGGGGUUUGUUAGAUUUGGAAGCAGCUAUCCCUAGGGGGUGAAGUCCCCUUUACCCUGGCUUUUCCCGUGGCCUCCCCUCCCCUAUGAACUGUAGACUCAGAUCACAAUAAAGAGCUGUUGGAGCCCUGGCCGGUCAGGCUCAGUUGGUCGGGUGUUGUCCUGCUGAUUCCAUCAGGGCACAUGCCCGAGUUGCAGGCUUGAUCCCCAGUG